UGAGGCAUAAAGGAAAAGAAAAGGAUUACUAUUUUAAAUGUUAUAAAUUAUAUCUUCUUUUGUAUUAAAUGUAUAACGGAUCAGAGAGAUCAAGGGAUCGAGAGAUUAGAUUUUUACCAUAGGAAAUGGCCUGUGAUAUUUUUUAAUAAAUAUAAGAUAAAUAUAAACAAGAGUUUAAACUUACUUAUAUGUAAGAUUCUAGAUACUGUUGAGGAAAGGCUGAUCAGAAACCAUUCUCGUAUAUCGAUAGCGAAUAAAUCUACUCUUAAUUCCCGAGUUUAACUCGAUUUCUAACUUCGCUCCCUUGAUCUACAAUAAUUCGUUCAUCAUCAUCAUUCCAUUUGAAACGAACCAAUCGUCACUGCUUAGCCAAUAACUCAAAACGAUAAAUAGAUUAAUCACAAGUGACACAAUGGAACAUUAAACAGCGACACGUAACCAACCAGAAGAAACAGAAUUCAUAAACAAACGAGAUUAUUCGAAAGCAGUUUCAAUUUGAAAGGAAGAAACAUUACCAGCUGUCGGAUUGAAGAAUCGAGAAAUCGAGCGUGAAGUUAAGAUCAUCCUUUCAAGAAAAUCGGUUCUCGUUCAAGUAUCAUACGAUGAUCGUGCAACGACCUUAAAAGUAAAGAUCUUAUAUACGUGCCAACGGAAUCAGCCGGCGAGGCUUCAAUUUAUCUUAAAACGUUCACAUACUCUCUCAACUUUAUUGCGUUGCGAAAUUGAAACAAUCCUGAAGAUCGUAGACGACGAGGAACCAUGAAAAUCGAAAAAAUUUCCGCUAUUUUCUUGGUAUUUGGAUUAUCUCUGAUAUUGGUCGCUAACGUAGAGGCAGAAUGGAAAUUCUGGAACAAGGAUAAGGGUAAAGAAGAAAUAACAAUGGCUACAAUUUUUGUACCAAGUAUUCUCAAAGAAAGUGAUCCUACAUUAGUAACUGGAGUCAAUUUGACUAUGAUAAAUAAUAUCCGUUCAAAUAAAUCAAGUACAGGAGCAGAAAUGACUUUUGAUAUCUCAAAAUUGGAAAAAAUAAAUGAUAAUACUCCUGAAGGAUGUAAAACAUGGUUUGCCACUUUAGGAAUUUCUGCAGAAGAAUUUCUCGAAUAUAUCAAAUCCUUAAAAAUUUCUGUUCAAAAAUCAAUAACUAACAGAGAUUUCAAAUCAAAUUCUGUAUCUGCAACAACACAAACAUCAGGUAUCAAAACAAUUUCGACGAUAGGAAGCAUAUUCUCACAACAACAAUCUCAAUCUCAAUCUCAUUCUCAAUCUCAACUUCAAAAACCUCAGCUUCAACCCCAACCUCAACCUCAUUCUCAUCCUCAACCUCAACCUCAUCCUCAACCUCAUCCUCAACCUCAACCUCAACCUCAACCUCAUCCUCAACCUCAUCCUCAACCUCAUCCACAACCUCAUCCUCAUCCUCAACCUCAACCUCAUCCUCAACCUCAUCCUCAUCCUCAAUCUCAUCCUCAUCCUCAACCUCAACCUCAAUCUCAACCUCAUCCUCAACCUCAUCCUCAACCUCAUCCUCAUCCUCAACCUCAUCCUCAUCCUCAACCUCGUCCUCAAUCUCAUCCUCAUCCUCAUCCUCAACCUCAUCCUCAACCUCAUCCACAACCUCAUCCUCAUCCUCAUCCUCAACCUCAUCCUCAAUCUCAUCCACAACCUCAUCCUCAUCCUCAAUCUCAUCCUCAAUCUCAUCCUCAUCCUCAAUCUCAUCCUCAUCCUCAAUCUCAUCCUCAUCCUCAAUCUCAUCCUCAUCCUCAUCCUCAUCCUCAACCUCAUCCUCAUCCUCAACCUCAACCUCAACCUCACUUUCAAUUCCCUCUUUCACCUUUCUCUCCACCCCAUCCUCAACCUCACUUUCAAUUCCCUCUUCUACCUUUCUCUCAACCCUAUCCUCAACCUCGUUCUCAAUCUCAUCCUCAACCUCUACCUCAUUUUCAAUUCCCUCUUGUACCUCACUCUCAAUCCCAUCCUCAAUCUCAUUCUCAACCUCAUCCUCAACCUCGUUCUCAACUUCACCCUCAACCUCACCCUCAACCUCACCCUCAACCUCACCCUAAAUCUCACCCUCAAUCUCACCCUCACCCUCACCCUCAACCUCACCCUCGACCUCACCCUCAACCUCACCCUCAACCUCAUCCUCAACCUCAACCUCAUCCUCAUCCUCAUCCUCAUCCUCAACCUCAUUCUCAUCCUCAACCUCAUUCUCAUCCUCAACCUCAUCCUCAAUCUCAUCCUCAUCCUCAAUCUCAACCUCAACCUCAACCUCAACCUCAUCUUCAAAAAUCUGAACUUCAAUCUCACUUACAAAAUCAAGAACUUCAAUCUGAAUUUCACUCUCACGUACAAACACUUGAAAUAUCAAAAUCCUUUCAAUCAUCCAGUACAUCACCGAUAAAAAAGUUUGAUAUUCCUCAUGUUGAUACUUCUGAUACUACUGUAAUAAAAUUGGACAAAUUAAAGCCAGAUCAAUCGUCAAAAUCUGGGCCAUUAACAGGAGCAACUGAGAAUAUCUAUUCUAGUAAUCCUACUUACAGCAAAGGCCGCACCAUUACUAAAGAAGAUUUAGAAAAGCUUUCUGAGGCUCUAUUUAUGAAAGAUACUAAUAACGUGAAUAGAUAUAUCAAAUUGAAUUUACAAAAAAAGACGAACAGUAAUGAUACAACAGACGAAGCAUCACAACCAUUAUUCACGGUAAAUCCACAAGCAUAUAAAGGACCCACAAUUCAAAAAGUUAUAUCAAUGUAUGAGAAAUACAAUACCCAAGGUAAUGUAAGCGGGAAUAUAAGUCUACAGCACCGACACGAAGAGAAUGCUUUAAUAGAUACAUUUCUCAACACGAAUGUGAUGUCCGCCGCCAUGAGAUUCUUGGCGAAUAAAGAUCAUAUAUGUAAUGAUUAUUACGAGUACAAAGAUAUGUUACGAAAAUUAUGGUUUAACUUAUACUCUCAAGAAGGAGAAAAGAUUAGUAGCUCGGCUUUUGAACAUGUUUUCAUGUCCGAAGUUAAGAAGUUAAAAACUGAAACUAAUGUAGUUGGAUUGCAUAAUUGGAUUUUCUACAGUAAAGAAGAAAGCAAAGGAAACGUAAAUUACAGUGGAUAUACAAAAAAAGUUGAACUCGGAGAUAAAGCUUCUAUUAUUGAAGUACGAUCACAAUAUGGAUAUAUUAAACCGGUAACGACAUUAUUCGUGGGUACCUCACCCGAACUGGAAAUGGCACUGUACACAGUGUGUUUUUAUGCAAGGCCUGACGGAAAUUGUCCAAUGUCUCUUGGAGGAACAAAGUUUGAUAUCGUCACUUCUAAAUUUAAGUAUAAAGGAAGUGACGCGAUAGAAACAGCCUAUCCAAAAAUAUAAAUUUAUUAAGAUAAAUUUAUUUAUAUUUUCAAGAAAACAAAGAUAAUUUUCUAGUAUAUUUGAUUACGAUUAUAAAAAUUAUAUUAACGAAUA